GAUGGAAAGAGAGCUAAAGUUGCAGCCAUUGAAAGUAACACUUAUAAUACUGCAGCGUCCAAGAUAACAAUGGAUGCCCUGUUGCUUUUGCGCGGAUCGAUGUAGUUUAGAAAUCACGCAGCCUUCUUCAGCAAGAUCGAUCGACUGGAUGUAUUCAUAUUCCAUUAGUUGUGUUUGAUUUUUCUGUCUUUAUGGCUUGAUUUCUACAUUGAAGAAUAUUUAAUUGAAAUCAUUGACGGCCAAUUUGAGGACAUAAAUGUGACUUGUAGAAGACUGAUUGGUCCUUCGAGGACGUCAAAGAGACAUCAUCCAAGAUGGAAUUGGACAGUCUGGAGACAAGCAAGACAGGAAAACUGUACACAGAAGAGGCGGAUCCAGAACAUUCCACAGCAGACCAUGAGGAUAUUUUAAAGGAGGAGAGCGAACGACUUAGCAAGCCUCGAGUGUUCCUUCUGAACCUUUCCUGGUUUGGUCUCAGUCUUAUGUUCCUGCUGCUGUCGGUAGAGGUUGUACCAGCUCAAAUCCGCUCCUUGGUUGGAGAGACAGAGAAAGGAAGAUGGCUGGGUGGGAUGGUGGCAGUUGGAGCAGCCCUGACCUUCUUUGCCAGCCCUUUGAUUGGGAUGGGAAGCGACCGUGUAACGUUAAAGGUUGGUAAAAGACGACCUGUCAUGAUGACUGGAACUGUCAUCCUGUGUAUUGGUUUGAUUGGGAUGGCUCUGAGCUCUUCAAAAUUAUAUCUCCCACGAAGAGACACUGGUUACAAAAACGGCACAGAAGAAUCGUGUCACAGUGAUUUAGCAGUACAAAGGUGCCUUCCAUACAUAAAUAAAACAAUAAAGAACUUGCACGAGAGCACCAUUUUGAAAGGGUCUCAGCCGGCGCCCAUUUUGGUUCCAGAGAAAAAAGGUGAAAUCAUUGUGGAAAAGGACACCAAAUCUGGAAGUCUUGGUUUGUAUAUAUUUUUCUACCUGAUCGUCACAUUGUCGUUUGCGAUGAUCACUGUCCCGUACAAUGCUCUGAUUGCAGACAAGUCUCACCACUCACAAAGGGGUUUUAAUUCCGGGGUAAUGGGAUGUAUGAUCCUUAUGGGCAACGUGAGUGGAGCAGCUGUAGGAAUAGGGUUGUCGGAAAUGGGUGUUCUUGGAGCGUAUGGAACAGCCAUUGCAGUGGUAAUGGUUAGUGUAUGUAUAACAGUCUUUACGACCACAGAAAAGCCUGGGAAACAAAUAAACGAACCUAUAGGAUGUCUACAAAUUUUCUGCGGAUUUUGGGAACCAUUGAAAGAGCAUGAUUUCAGAUGGGUGUUCAUUACCAGAUUUUUAAUGCAGCAAGGAGUUUCUACAGUAACGGGAUUUUUAGAGUAUUGGUUGUCUGAUAUGAUACAGCUUCCAGACUGCUGGAAUGCCGGAAGGGGCGUAGCCAUAAUGCUUUUACCAAUGUUAUUUGCAGCAGCUAUAAGCUCCAUAAUAUUUGGCAUUGUGUCCGAUCGUUUACAAAGAAGAAAACCCAUAGUAAUUGCAGCUGCUUUGAUUAUGUGCAUAAGUAUAUCAACACUAACAUACAUAAGUGGGUCUUCCGCAUACUAUGUGGCUGUUGUUAUGGCUUUCUUCUUUGGAAUCGGAUUUGGUUCAUUCCAAUCAGUAGAUUUUGCCCUUGUCAUGGAUGUCCUUCCAGAAGAGAAGGACAAAGCUAAAGACAUUGCAGUUUGGCAUCUUGCCCUGAUCCUGCCAAAUGCGCUUGCCACGCCCGUAGGAGGACUAAUUCUAGACUACUUUGAGAGUGUCAACUGUAAGAUAGGCCUUGGGUACAUAAUACUUUUUGUUGUCACUACUGUUUACUUUCUACUUAGUGGUAUAUUCGUCACGCGAAUUCAGCAAGCCAAAUGAUUUCUGUAUUACCAGACA